GCAGCUGAGCUGUGUCAGCUGUGUGAUAAGUUUUUAAUUUUUUUUUCAAACUUUUCAAAUUUUUUAUACAUUUUUUCGUUACAAAUUUCGUUUUUGUUGAACAACCGAUCGGUGAUGAUUUUAUUUCAUCUCGUUCUUUUCUUCUAGCUUGAAUUUUUACAUUCAUUCAAAAAUGCUGCUUGCUAGAAAAUUUUUAGUAACCAGGGCACUCCAGCAAAAAACUGGUGCUUUAGCUCGAUCAUCAUCACUUGAAAAUUGCAUUGGCUGUCUUAAACGUUACAAAUCAGAAGAUGUUCGUGAAACUGCAUCCAGUAGCUGGAGAUAUUAUACGAUGGAAAAUUUGGAUUAUUUAUCUAAACCACCUAUAAUUCGCUUUGUAGAAUACACUCGAAUGAAGAAUGAUAACACAAUACUCAGAGCAGAAAUUAAUAAAUUAAAUGAAAAAGUAGAUCGUAUCGCAGAAAUUCAAAUAUUGAAAGUAAUUUUGAAAGCGAAUAAUCAAUGGAAUAAGAAAGGAAUAGAGAAAAACCCAGAGUUAAAAGACUGGCAAAAGGUGGAACUAUUGCUAAUAUUGGAACGCGAAACUGAAAAACGUUACUCGGUUCAUGCUGAGAGUGGAGCAGAUUUCAAUACAGAAGAAUCAAAAGUUACUGAAAGUACUGGAGAUGAAUCUCAUUCCACUCGAGCAAAUGUUUCCUUCUCAGAUUUCUUCGAAGCAGUCUGGAAAAAUAUCAAACAAAGAAUCGAACUGUCAGAUUGGGCGUAUCGAAGAAGACGUGCACGGACUCUAAAAUCCUUGAAACAAAUGUUGAAAAUGAACGACCAAUGGUAUUAUGAAGGGAUCUAUAAUGACAAAGAAAUUAGUGAUAGGGACAGAAACGACUUGAAGGAUCUUUUCAUGCGACAAAAAGGUAGAAGGGAAUUCAUCAAGCACACGUUGAUCAUCUGCAUUCCUAGUUUUCUCAUUGGGUUGAUGUUAUCUUUUUAAGACUGAAUAUUUUUAUUGCACUUUUUAUCAGUUUCUCUUUUGUUAAAUUUUUUAUCAAAUAUAUUAAGGAAAAAAAGUA